AUGUGGAGACGGAAACGACCGAACAGUUCCGGAGGAACCCGGGGAAUUCUGAGCGGUAAUAGAGGGGUAGACUAUGGCAGUGGGCGGGGCCAGUUCGGUACGUUCGAAGGGCGUUGGCGGAAAUUACCGAAGAUGCCCGAAGCCGUCGGGACGGACCCGAGUACCUCACGCAAGAUGGCGGAGCUGGAGGAGGUGACUCUGGACGGGAAGCCUCUUCAGGCUCUGCGGGUGACCGACCUGAAGGCCGCACUGGAGCAGCGAGGCCUAGCCAAGAGCGGGCAGAAGAGUGCCCUGGUCAAGCGGCUCAAAGGGGCUCUAAUGCUAGAAAAUUUACAAAAACACUCAACACCCCAUGCUGCAUUCCAGCCAAAUUCUCAGAUUGGGGAGGAGAUGAGCCAGAACAGUUUCAUAAAGCAGUACCUGGAAAAGCAGCAGGAGCUACUUAGGCAGCGCCUAGAACGGGAAGCUCGAGAGGCUGCAGAACUUGAAGAAGCUUCAGCUGAGUCGGAGGACGAGAUGACCCAUCCUGAGGGAGUGGCUUCCCUGCUGCCUCCUGACUUUCAGAGCAGCCUGGACAGACCAGAGCUGGAGCUCAGCACACAUUCACCUCGAAAGAGCUCCUCUUUUUCUGAAGAAAAAGGUGAAUCCGAUGAUGAAAAACCAAGGAAAGGAGAAAGACGAUCAUCCCGGGUCAGACAGGCAAGAGCUAAACUCCCUGAGUACAGUCAGGCUGCUGAGGAGGAAGAGGACCAAGAGACGCCAUCUAGAAACCUGAGGGUCAGAGCAGAUCGAAAUUUAAAAGUAGAGGAGGAGGAGGAAGAGGAGGAAGAAGAAGAUGAUGAAGAAGAGGAAGAGGAGGUAGAUGAGGGACAGAAAUCUAGAGAAGCCGAGGCACCAAUCCUGAAACAGUUUGAGGAUGAAGACGGGGAGGAGAUGACCAGAGCAAAACCAGAAAAGGUAGUGGAUGAGAAACCCCCAAUCAUAAGAUCCCAGGAAAAGGAUGAGUUAGAGAAAGGAGGGCGAGUUACAAGAUCCCAGGAAGAAGCUAGAAGAAGUCAUCUGGCCAGACAACAACAAGAGAAAGAGACACAAAUUGUUUCUCUCCCUCAAGAAGAAAAUGAGGUAAAAUCUUCACAAGGUUUGGAAGAAAAAUCCCAGUCUCCUUCCCUGCCUCCCCUCCCUGAAGACCUAGAGAAGGCCCCUGUCGUGCUGCAGCCAGAGCAAAUAGUCAGUGAAGAGGAAACACCCCCACCUUUACUUACCAAGGAAGCUUCAUCUCCACCAACUCAUAUGCAGCUCCAGGAUGAAGAAGAAGUGGAGCCAGCGGAAGGCCCAGCACCCCCUGUCCUCAUUCAGUUAUCUCCUCCUGGUACAGAUGCUGGAACCAGGGAGCCCAUAGUGUCUCCCCACACAGUGCAGCUGCUCAGAGGCCUGUCUCCUCUGUCAAGUACUGCAGACACCAAAGCAGAGUCUCCAGCAGAGAGAGUGUCAGAAGAGAGUGUCCUGCCCCUGGCACAGAGAAGCAUACUGCCCGAACACUCAGCCCAGAAAGGUGCUGAAAGUGAGCGUGAAAAGUCUGCUCCCCUUCUCCCUCUAACAAGAGAGGAGUUAGCACCCGCCAAAGGGAUCACUGAGGAGUCUGUGAAGAAACAGUCUUUGGAACAGGAGGAGGGCAGAAGAGCUUCCCACACUCUCUUCCCAGACCACAGUUUGAAACCGUCAGCCGACUCAUCCUCGAGCCGAUCAUCCUCACCUUCAUCCUCCAGCUCUAGAUCCAGAUCUCGAUCUCCUGACAGUUCAGCUUCCCGCUCACAGUCCUCUCCAAGAUCUAAACAGAGAGAGGUGUCUCAAGCGCGAGUUCACGCCAAUCCUCAUGAUAGAGCCAAGAUGGGCUCCAGGUCAACAUCAGAGUCUAGGUCACGUUCUCGAUCUCGUUCCCGUUCCGCAUCAAGCGGCAGCAGAAAAUCUCUGAGCCCUGGAGUCUCCAGAGACGGCAACACCACCUACACUGAAACCAAAGAUCCCUCUUGUGGUCAGGAGGCUGCAGCUCCAUCAGUGCCACAGCUGCAGGUCCUUGAACCAAAGGAGAAGGCUCCCACGUGCUCAGCCUCUGUCCGGGGGAGGCAUAUGAGCCAGCCUGAGCCAGAGCAAAAGCACGUGAUCCAGAGGUUACAGCCGGAGCAGGAGAGCCCAAAGAAGUGUGAAGCUGAAGAGGCAGAGCCACCAGCUGCCACCCAGCCUCAGACCUCAGAGCCUCAGCUCUCUCAGCUGCCAGAGGCGGAAAGGACUCCUCACACCGCUGAAGAGAAGGAGGACGUGACCAUGGACACAAGUGAAAACAGACCUGAAAAUGAGGUUCCUGAGCCUCCUGUGCCUAUUGCAGACCAAGUCAGCAAUGAUGACCGCCCAGAAGGCAGUGCUGAAGAAGAGGAGAGGAAAGAGGGGGCUAAGAAGAGCACUGUUCUGGAGAGACUUGUAUUGAAAACAAAAGGCAUUUGGAAAGGGGUGGACUUGAAUCAUCUCCCUACUCGGGACACCCCAAGAAGAGUUUGUGCCAGUGCUGGGGCGCCUGCCCACGUGCCCUUACCUAUCAAAGACUGUGGGUUGCCUUGUGUGCUACAGACUGUUGGGAUCCCCAUCUAGGGACCGAGAAACCCAAGAGAGUCAGAUGUCUGUGAUGACAGUGCCGUGCUGUAAACACUUGAGUGGGACCGGUGGCCUAAACUUUGCGGACUGGGAACCCUGCAGAGAAGUCUAGGGUCUGUACCUCAGGGAUGUGAAGCUGGUGACGCCUGGCCCACACGUCAUCACUUGCUCCUCACACGGACUUCGCUUUGGUCCCUGCUGUCCAUGGUGAAGAGCAGCAGCAUGUUGGGUGCUCCAACUUCUCCAUCCUUGGAGGCAGGGACUCGCUCGUCCACCUGACCAGAACCACUGUCUCGGCUGCAGUCCCUGAGGAGACAGAUGCCGUCCACAACCCAGAAGACACGCUCUGAUUUUGCCGCUGAAUGUGACGAGGUCCUGGGGAGAUCACUACUGCUGCUGUCCCCAGCCUACCUUCAUCAGAGGCUCCAUGACCCCACCGGGUGACAGGACCUCCCCAGUUACACUCAGGAGGAAGGGACUUUGGAGUUGUCGCUGGACCCAAGCGUUGGGUGGUGGCAUUGCUGCAGCUUGCCACUGGUGGACAUAGGGUCCUGCCUGCCUCACGGAAGGCAAGGAGUGUUCGUUCCUGCUGCUCUCGGGCCAUCUCAUCAGGGACAGCAAGAUGAGGCCCUGUAGGGCCAGGACUGGUGUUCUGCCCCCAUCCCCCUCUGCCCCUCGCUGAGGCUGGCCAUCGCCAGUGAACUGUUUUGACAUCUUGGAAACUGGGCAGCGUCCCCCCACACGUUUCCCUCCCGCCCCCCCUGCGCCCCUGGGAGGACUCUGGCAGUGCCACGCUGACUACCACGCCGUGCGCCCACCUUUUUUGCCAACCCAACCCCCCACCAAUUGCACAACGCCUAGCAGGGAGGGCUCAUUCUGAUUGGACGGCGGUUGACUAGAUACAGUACACAGUGAGGUGCGAUUGGCUGAGCUGAAGACCCCAGGUGUGAGAUGGUACCUGGAACAUUUGUCAUAUUCCUAGUUUAUUCUUUGAUUUUUCUACUUCUCUUUAAUCUUUAUUUUUAGUUCUUUCUUUAUUUUUCUGGUUUCUUUGUUAGGUUUAUUUAUUUGGUUUGUGUUUUUCUUGUUUUAAUUAAGUUUUUUUGUUUGGUUUUUUGGGUUUUUUUGUUUGGUUUCUUUUUUGGUUUUGAUUUUUUUUUUUUUCCUUUUCUCACUAACUUACCCAUCAUGAGCAACCUAGCUAGGGGUCAGGCUGGCCCUUAACACAGACCAAGGAGACUUGGUCAGAUGACACAGGUGGGGCUGGGGGUGGGUGGGGAAAGGAGAUUAAGAGGGUUCUGCCCUACCCUUUAGAAGGAUGGUAGGGUGGUCUUAGUUUUUCCAGAAAUAAGCACCUAAAUCUAAAAGUGCCCCCCACCCCAUGCCCCUGCACUGUCUGUAAUGUUAUUCCCACUGUGUGUCUGGGAAGACGCUUGCCCAAAUCUGUCUUCUGGGAUUUGUUUUGGUUUUGAUCCUUGGCCAGAGCCCCCCUGGAUUUGAGCCCUAUUUGAAGGGGGAGCAUUCAGGCUCUGCUGGAGUAAGGGUGGUGGUUGGGAAGGUUGGGGCAGCCUACCCCUUACCAAAACCCCUUACACAAGAGAUAGUUGUAAAUUCUCUCUGCUACCUGUCAGCCUAAGCGCUUCAUCUUCAGUGAACUAGUUAAUUAUUUUCCUCGGUGUUGCUCUGGGUGCUCUUCAAGUAUCCCGCAUCCUGUCAAAAUGUCAGACUGGGUGCUAAGUAAAGGAAGACUGUCGAAGUUACCGUCUCAAGAGUUGAUUUUUCUCCUAUCUUUCAAAUUGGCAAGGAAGGACUUGGGAGGACCCAGUUACUGGCUCUGGGCGUAGCUCAUUGGGUGCCCUCAUCCCUUAGAGUUGAGGGCACGAUCAGCAACUUUACAGGGCCAAGAGGGAGCCGGGCAUGGUGGCUCAUGUCUGUAAUCCCAGUGCUUGGGAGGCUGAGGCAGGAGGAUCACUGAAAGUUUGAUGAUGUAGCCUAGGCUACAAAGUGAGAGCCUGUUUCAAAGAACCCAAAAACUGAUUACAUAGCUGGAGUUGUUAAAUCCCCUCUCCAUCUUAUUUCUGGCAAAGCUAAUACACUGGUGUGAGGUGAUAGACGUGACCUCCCGUGACGUUUGCUUUAAUUUCCCUCUAACUUGCAUUGAUUCUGCUUCGUUUUUUGCCGUUUGCUGCUUCUGUUUUGGUCUCUAUCUGUCAGUCUCUCUCUCUGUCUCUGUGUGUCUUUGGCAUUUAUGCUAAGAUUGCCUGAUUUAACCUCCUCCCCCCUCUCUGUGGGGUGUCUCUCUCUCUCUCUUUCUUCCUUAUCUUCUCCAUACAGAGCUCGAUGCCCAAAUCAUUCAAGAGGAAAA